UGCAGAAGACAGAGAGGAGAGUCAGCGAGAGACAGGGGGAGAUCCAGAGAGAAGCGGAGGUGAGGCAGAGGGGGGAGUUGAUACACAGGCAGCAAGAAAGGAUGCAGAGAGAAGAGGGCGAUGGAACAGGCUGAAGCAGCGCCGAGAGGAGAGAAGAUACACAUGCUGGGGCCAGCACUUCGAAAUAGAAUAGAGAUGAGACAGAUGUCUGGUUUAAGAACCGUUCUUCUUGGGAGAAUUGGGACUGGGAAGAGUGCAGCAGGAAACACAAUCCUUGGCAGAGAAGUGUUUAAAUCUGAUGUUUCGAGCGCCUCAAUAACAAAAUGCAGUAGGGAGGAAGCAGGAAUUGGUGGGCAUCAUGUCACUGUGGUUGACACACCAUGCAUAUUUGGCACAUGGUUCGAUAUGGAGAAAGUUCAAAGAGAAAUUGUGCAGUGUAUUUUUCUGACUAAGCCAGGACCCCACGCUUUUCUCUUGAUCAUACAGUUGGGUCGCUUCACAAAGGAAGACAAUGAUGCAGUGGAGAUGAUCAAAAAGCUUUUUGGUUAUAGCGCUGCUAAAUACACCAUGGUCCUUUUCACCCAUGGGGACCUACUGAAAAAACAAAAGAUAACAAUUGAAACAUUUCUUGAUACGGCUCACCAGAACCUCCAGAAUCUGAUUAGUUAUUAUGGGAACAGGUAUCAUGUAUUUGACAGUAGCAUCAGGGAUGAUCACACUCAGGUAAAAGAGCUCUUGAAGAAAAUAAACCAAAUGGUGGAAGCCAAUGGAGGCAGCAAUUACACCAAUGAAGUAUUCGAGGAGAGAGAAAGGGAAGUCAGAAGAGUGCAAGAAAAGAUAAUGAAGGAGAGAGAGAAGGAUAUAAAGAGACAUGAAGUGGAGCUGAAGUAUAGGUUCACAGGUAUAGAAUAUAAGAAAGAGAAGAAAGCUCUCUGGCUGCGUGAAGAGGAAAAGGCAAGAAAAGAAGCAGAAGAGAGAAUUCUAAAGAAAUGUAUUUUACAAACUGCAGCAGCAGCAGGAGCAGGAACAGCAAAAGAAAAAAAAUAAAUAUAUUUUAAAAUUAGAACAAGAAUGUAUUACAUUUGACUUCACCGUAAAUACUGGUGUUUUUGGUUUUUUAUUGUAAGAAUGAAACAAUAGCAGACACCACAAUACUUGGUUCCUUUUCAGGGUUGCUAUAUUCUGGGUGACGACAGGGUCGCUAUAUUCUCGGAGACGACAGGGUCUGUGUGUGUUCUCCUACAGAACAUCUUCACAGAUAAAUAUGUUGGGCCAGUGUUGGCUUAAAGCCACCACUUUGUUGAAACAAACACAAUGACCUAAUUAAAAUAAGAGAGGGUAUUUAUGUUCAGGGGUGCAAAUUUGGCACGAUGGCGCUAGAAUCUAGCGCCAGGGUACCUCAUAUAGCUCCAGCAACAUUACAUUCUGGCACCAGUAGACUUGUUUAAUUAAAAAAAUAAAAAAUAAUAAACAAAUUCUUAGUGACCAUAGAUGAUGAUAGUUUCUCAUUAGGUCUGGACGACUCACACUCCUCUACAUACAUAGGAGAGAAAGCUUGUGUUGUGAGGAGUUGAUUCAGUUGGGGUUUGAUAUUUGAUAUAUUGAGAUGCUUGAAAAGUGCCCUUUUUUUCUCAAUGAGCCCCUGCCCUUUUAAUGUCCUCUACACGUUACUGUAUGACCGUGUAUAUUUUCCUACAUAUUACAAAUAUAUCAUAUACUGUAUAUGAGGUUUCCUACAAAAGGGUAGCUUCCGCAAUUCUGAUCCUUUAUGUUACACUGUAGAAGAUGUGGAAUUAACUGUAAUUUUCAAGUGUUAAAAACAGUUUUGUGUUUUAUGGUUUUAAACAGUGAAGUCAAUGAUGAAUACCUGGAAAAGAAAAAUAAAUUAAAUGUACGUACUGAAUUAACUGCAAUAUUUCAAUGUAAUUAACUGUUUUUGGGUUUUUUUUUUAAACUAAGACACAUUAAAAUUGAAUGUUUAACAUUUUAAAAAAAUGCAUUUGACUAAAGAAAUAUGUUCCAUUUUUAAAUUAACUGUUAAGUGCAGGUAAAAUGUACGGUUUUUGGAAGCAGGCUUUUUUUAAAAUCUUAAAAUCCUGAAAGUUAAUCUUAGUACCUCAAAAUAUUGACUUAAUAUCUCAAAACGUUGACUUUUAGACUGUAAUUUUAUUAAUGAAAAGAAAACCUGCA